AUGACCGUGCCGGUUUGGGCUACUCUCUUCGCUGCUAAGAUGAAGCUCAUGAAGAACGGCGACAACUCGCUGUUCUUCAAGUUCUACAGGAUGUCGCCGGAGACAUUCGACGCGCUCCACGACAUGGUGCGGGACCAGCUGACGAAGGAAUGGGUCUGCCGAGAACCGAUUUCAUCUGGCGAGCGCCUCGCACUGACGCUGCGAUACCUGUCGUCCGGUAUGCUCGUGCGAGAUGCAGCAAUGGCCUUCAGAGUGGGGCUGGAGACUGCACGCAAGGCGAUCCACCUGACGUGCAAUGUGCUAUGGGUGGUGCUGUCCCCUGUGUACAUGAAGCCUCCAACAGAGGGAGAAUGGAGGGACAUCGCCUCAGGAUUUGGCAGUCGCUGGCAGUUCCCGAAUUGCCUGGGUGCUGUGGACGGCAAGCACGUGAGGAUUAGAUGUCCAAGAAAGGCUGGGAGCCUGUACUUCAACUAUAAGGGCACCCACUCCAUUGUCCUCAUGGCUGUGGCAGACAGCCAGUACCGGUUUCGCCUUAUUGAUGUGGGCGCACCUGGGAGGUUUAGUGAUGGUGGAAUUUUCAAAGAUUCCCCCAUUGGCAAACGACUGCACGAGGGCAAGCUCAAUCUGCCUCGGGCAGCUAAGCUACCAGGCUCCGAGAGAGUUUUCCCUCAUGUGUUUGUUGGCGAUGAAGCCUGCCAGCUGCGCCCCGACUUCAUUCGGCCACUACCGGGCACCCGGACUAAAGCUGAGGAAAUCAUCUUCAACUACCGCCUCAGUCGUGCCAGACGAUGUAUAGAGAACGCCUUCGGGAUUCUCGUUUCCCGCUGGCGGAUAUACGAGAGGCAGAUGAACCUGCAGCCGGAAAAUGUGGAGAGUGUUGUGAAGGCAACCUGCGUACUUCACAACUUCUUAUCCGUAACGUCCAGCGCUUCAGCGACCUACUGCCCAACUGGAUAUGGAGACUGCCAGGACAUGUUCGGGUGUGUCCUUGACGGCACUUGGCGACAAGGGGCAGCAACUGCUGCUGUGUUCGGUUUGCAGGGAGCAAAGGCCCGCAACUGCACAAAUGCUGCUAAUUCGGUGCGCAAGCAGUUCAUCGAGUACUUCAAGGAUGAAGGGCAGGUGUCUUGGCAGUGGGACCUGCCAGGGGUGACAAGCUUGUAG